AUGGUAUUUUCAAAACUAAUUAGUCCGGGGUUAUCUGAGGUUUACAACUACUUAUUGCACUUGGGUUUUUAUAGUCAGAUAAACUCUCGGCUAUAUAAGAUCAGGUUCCGUGAGCCGAGAGAAUCAGUUGAUGGUAAUAGAUUGUCAAGUGCAUUUAGCAUCACAAACCGGAAAAACCAAUACAGAAUCACUAUGAAAUUCUUCUCAGUCGUCACCGUCUUUGUGCUGGGUCUGCUGGCUCUGGCCAAUGCUGUUCCGCUGUCCCCCGAUCCAGGAAAUGUGAUCAUCCUCACCCAGUGCAGAGGCUGCAAUGUGCGUGGCAAUUAGAAACGAGGACGGAAGCUAACUUCGGCAAGCCGAAGUUUUAAUACCCUUGCAGACUUUAAGAAAUUGCUAAAACUGAAAAAGUAGCGAAAGGAAUAAGGU